AUGACACCAGUGAAAAAUUAUUAUCUAUGGUCAAAAGCAAACGGACAAAGCACAGAUGACGCAAUAAAGGAACGUUUGAAAGGGUAUAAACAAGCGGUCGCGGAAUGGCGGACGAAAUGGCGGGAAUUCAGUUUCGUGUUGCUACUCUUGCAUGUGGGGCAAGUCAAUGCAGCUGAAAGUUUAACCUCCCGCGUCCUAGCCUCCUUCUUGGGCUAUUCUACGUCUUGCUCCAUCGGAAAUGACGUCAUACCUUGCACAUUAUCGAUUUCCUGUUGGUUGCGAGGCGGAGCAAGGAUCAAGGGAUGUGGAGGCUGGCUGUUCUCUUGUUGUGUGGAUGCAGACCUAGAUAAUAGUAUACCAUCAUCAGAUUGGCAGUACAAGCCGCCUCCAAAACUAAGGAUACCACAGAGAAACGCAAUUCCACCGAACGUGUUUCGGAGAAGAGUUGAUGAGGAUGUUAAUCAAAUGGAGUGUGGUGUUCCAUCCACGAGGAUUCUUCAAAAGCGCAUCAUAGGUGGCCGGGAAGCCCGCUUCGCGGAGUUUCCUUGGCAGGCGCACAUAAGGAUAUCAGAGUUCCAGUGUGGUGGGGUACUUGUUUCUCGUCGUUACGUAGCUACCGCCGCGCACUGUGUAUCUCGGGCCAGGAUCCGAGAAAUAGCAGUGUGGCUUGGGGCACACGACACCAAUACCGGGUCAAACACCGCCCGGAGAUUGGGUGUUAUACAGAAAGUUCUUCACCCGCUUUUCCAAUUCAGAAUAACUCAACCGGACCGUUACGAUAUAGCCCUACUACGAUUGUCCAGGACAAUCACAUACACUAGUCACAUCCUCCCGAUCUGUCUGCCCGACAUCGAAUUGGAGUUAUGGGGCAAGUCAGGGGUGAUCGCGGGCUGGGGCAAAACGGACGCCAGCAACGGACACACUGGGACUAAUUUGUUGAGAUCAGCAACUGUUCCUAUCCUGAGCAUAGAGCAAUGUAUCAAGUGGCACAGAAGCAAGCAGAUCUCCGUGGAGCUACAUUCGGAGAUGAUCUGCGCUGGACAUUCUGAUGGACACCAAGAUGCUUGUUUAGGCGAUUCCGGGGGCCCUCUUAUAGUGAAAGAUAACGGUCGCUUCUACCUAGUGGGAAUAACGUCUGCCGGCUUCGGUUGUGGGGUGGACCACCAGCCAGGCAUCUACCAUAAUGUGCUCACAACAGCGUCUUGGAUUAAGGAUGUGAUAAGUCCCUCUAGUAAUUAUGUGGACUUUUGA